CAUGGCGACACCCGUAAGAGCAGCUCGUCUGUGCCGACUGGCAGGACGGACGGUCACCUCCGUGUCAGUCACACGCAGUCUGCCCGCGACGAGAUGCUACAUGGCCGCCUCGACGGGGAACAAUCUUCAGUUCAGACUCGAUGAGCUGACGGCUCACAGCAGUCUGGAUCUCUUCAAGAAAAACACUGCCGUCAUCUACCGCAUGCUGGGUCUGGACCCCAGCCACGUGCAAAAGAACCCGGAGCGCUUCCAAGACUGGGCCGUCGUGUUUGGCGACGAGAAGAUCAGCAGCGGCCGUCACUACUGGGAGGUGACGGUCAAAAAGUCCCGAGAGUUUCGUCUGGGUGUGGCCGAGGCGCUGAUGUCCAGAGAGGACUGCGUGGGCACCAACGGCUCCUCCUGGGUAUUCGGCUACGCUCAGCGCAAGUGGUUUGCCAUGACCGGCAACAAGAUGGUUCCCGUGGCGCAGGUGGGCAAGCCGGACCGCAUCGGCAUCCGGCUCGACUACGAAGCGGGCGUUCUGGAGCUGAUGGACAUCGAGAAACACGCAAUCGUUCACACCAUCAGGGCCCAGUUCAAGACUCCCCUCUGCCCCGCGUUUGGACUUUGGGACGGGGAGCUGCUCACGCACUCUGGUCUGGAAGAGCCGGGAGGCCUAAAGUGAAGCGGGCUGAGCUGGGAUGGUGAUGGUGGAGGUGGUGGGAUUGAGCAUGGCACAUGUUUAUCACAACACUGCAGGAAAGAAAGCAAAGUCCAUGUGGGACUCAUUUGAAGCUUAUGCAGGGUUCGCACGGUCAUGGAAAACCUGGAAAAGUCAUGGAAUUUUAAAUGGUCAUUUACAGGCCUGGAAAAGUCCUGGAAAAAACGUAAUUCAUAAGAGUGUUGGAAAAGUCAUGGAAAUGUGUUAUAUUCACAUGUUCAUUUAUGCGGAGUUUAAAAUAUUUAAUAUGUUUUUUUAAAGAAAGACGCUCAAAAUAUAAGCCGGCGUCUGCUCUCAAUACGCAACAUGUUCUAAAUUGUUCAUGUUUAUACCGAUAUUUCAGUUUGGUCAUGGACAUUUGGUUUAAAGUCCUGGAAAUCCACUGGUCAAAAUGUGUAAGAACCCUGUUAUUAUGUUGGUAUAUUUUUUACAGUCCAGUUGGUUCAUAAUGACUUAACAAUGUAACUUCAUACUUUCUAUGUCAUCCACAUCACAAAACCUGUAUAUCUGUGUGUGUGUAUUACCUCUCAAACUAACUGAGAUGAAAAAGAUGUGUGGUUAUUUUUGAGAGGAACCGUAACUGUCAAUAUAUUUUUUAAGUUGUGUUUUGUUAUUACACAGUUGCAAAGCUUUUUCAUGCUCAUGCUGUAUAUUGUUUGAUAAAAUAACUUCACUGAAACGGC